UGUGCAUCUUGGAACUUGAGAAUUCUGAACAAAGUAAAAAAGCGGUCAGGUCUUGUUUGUAACAUUAAAAGAACAACAAUAAUAACCAAAGUUUGAAGUACAAAGUGUGAGACCAAUCUGAGUGCUAAUAUCUUUAGUAAUAAGGCUAUGAACCAUAAGCAUCUUGUUAACAAAUGUGUACACGGCUCUGUGCUGUUCUUUGUUAAACUAAACCCUUUUCUUUUCAUAGGCUGGGAAUGUAAAAUUCCUUUGCUUUUUAGUGGAAAUCCUAGUGGGAGCUUUUCAGUAGUGAAGAACUUUUAUAGUCAGGUUUACAGGACAAGAAUUUGCCUGCCAAUGCUUGGGAUAUAAAUGCUUUUUGAAAGGCCUUUUACAGGAUAACUCUGGAGGAUAUUUCCCAGUUUUCUUUCCCCUGCAAUGCCUUUGAAUGAAUCGGCUAACUUGACAGAAAGUGAAAAUGAACCUCAUUCAUCCUUUUCACAGAUUGAACAUAACAUAGUCGCAGCUUAUUUGAUAACAGCAGGAGUCAUAAGUCUUCUCAGUAACAUAGUUGUACUAGGCAUCUUUGAUAAAUACAAAGAACUUCGAACAGCAACCAAUGCCGUUAUCAUUAACCUGGCUCUUACUGACAUUGGAGUGAGUGGGAUUGGUUACCCCAUGUCUGCGGCAUCAGAUCUGCAUGGAAGCUGGAAGUUUGGCUACAUUGGUUGCCAGAUCUAUGCUGCUUUAAAUAUCUUCUUUGGAAUGGCAAGUAUUGGCUUACUUACUGUUGUUGCAAUUGAUCGUUACCUGACAAUCUGCAAGCCCCAUAUAGGUAGUAGACUUACUGCUCACAACUAUGCAAUCCUGAUUCUUGUUGCCUGGAUUAAUGCAGUCUUUUGGGCCUCCAUGCCUAUUGUGGGCUGGGCAAGCUAUGGCCCAGAUCCAACUGGAGCUACCUGUACUGUAAACUGGAGAAGAAAUGACGCAUCCUUUGUUUCUUACACAAUGUCUGUGGUCACUGUUAAUUUUAUCAUCCCUUUAUUGGUCAUGUUUUACUGUUACUACAAUGUUUCGCAAACUAUGAAACGGUAUUCCAGAAGCAGAUGUUUUGAGAGCAUCAACAUAGAUUGGUCUGAUCAAGUAGAUGUGACAAAGAUGUCUGUUGUCAUGAUUUUAAUGUUCCUGCUGGCUUGGUCUCCAUAUUCUAUUGUGUGCUUAUGGUCUUCGUUUGGAGAUCCUAGAAAAAUUUCUCCUGCCAUGGCCAUCAUAGCACCAUUAUUUGCCAAGUCCUCUACAUUCUAUAAUCCCUGUAUUUAUGUCAUUGCAAACAAAAAGUUUCGAAGGGCUAUCCUUGCAAUGGUCCGAUGUCAGACACAGCAGGAGAUAACAAUCAACAAUGUCCUUGCCAUGAGUGUAUCUCAAAGCACAAUUGCAUAA